AGCGCUUAUACUGUAACGCUUGCUAGACUUUUCAACUGACAAUCAUACAAAUAAAGGCUCGUGAAUAAUCGCCAUGGUCCUUAUCCCCGCACAUCACCUCACCAAACCCAUCGAGAAACACGACUCGCCCGACAAGUCUCUCCCAGACGCUAGCCAUCAGCAAGUAGCCGACACCCUCUCCGUUCUCGUCAACGCAUCCGACAAAUCGGGGCCAGCAGCACCAGCAGACGCCGACGUUCCAGGUGCGUCAGCAGGAGAUGGAGUGCCAGAAGGGUUGACUGCGCAUACGCCUCUUCACAAGAUAUCGAGAUUACACGCGCUGGAGAAAUACGUCCCUGGGUUGGAGAAUCUGGCUGCGAACUAUCAUGUUGGGAACUUUGUAGUGAUGAGAGGGACGGGUGAGAAAUUCUUUGAGAGCAUGCCGCUGUAUCCGAGGUUGGGGAUGCAUCUGCUAUUCUAUGGAUCGGCACAAAUCAAGCUGCUACAUAACAAGUCUGUCGAAAAUGUUCUCAAAGAGUUGUCUGUCAGGCAAGGAGAGAUAUACGAUUCCCCCGAAUCCAUCCAAUCUAUUCCUGCGUUCAUAGAAGAGUAUAAGAUCAAGACUUCCGAACUCCUCGAGCCGGAUUACACCAAAUACGCCAACUUCAAUGACUUUUUCGCCAGACGGCUUAAACCAGGUGCUCGUCCUGUCGAGAAUGCAGAUGACCCGAACGGAAUCUGUUCCGCUGCGGACUGCAGGCUGACAGUUUUCCCCACCGUCACCCUCGCCCGUGAAUUCUGGGUCAAAGGCAACAACUUUACGAUUCCCAACUUGCUCAACGUCCCUGCAGACUCAGAAACCGCCACAUAUUUCGAUGAUGCUAGUCUCGCCCUCUUCAGGCUUGCCCCGGCGGAUUACCAUAGGUUCCAUUCACCAAUCGACGGCGAGAUCGGAGAAAUUGUAGACGUGCCAGGACAAUACUAUACCGUGAACCCGCAAGCGGUCAAUGAACCCGGCUUCGACGUGUUAUCGUCCAAUCGACGAGCAAUUCUGUACAUGACCCACGCCGGGAGCGGCCAGAAGGUCGCUUUCGUGGCGAUUGGCGCUAUGCUUGUGGGGUCGAUCGAGUGGACGAAAGGGAGUAAGACGGGCGCCACUGUAACCAGAGGAGAGGACCUUGGAUGCUUCAAGUAUGGAGGAAGUACAAUCGUUGCGGUGUUCCCCAAGGGACUUAUCCAGUUCGACGAGGAUCUUGUCAAGACCUCAGAGACAGCGAUCGAGACGCUCGUCAGCGUUGGAUCUUCCAUCGGGAAGCGUAUCGUUUAGGGAAGGCCUCUCCAGCAGAAGAAUCGAUUGUGAAUAUGGCUUGUUGUACGGACCUCAGGAUGUGAUGCUAUGUGGGACUACUUAUUACUAAGGUGGCUUGGAUCAUGAACCGGUAUGUUGUAUGCAACAUUUGGACGAAACUUAGUGUACGUGUAUAGGAACUCUUGUUUUA